GUGCCCGCUCCUGCUGCCCGGCCGAGGCUGGGGCUCUGGAUCAAAAUGGCGGCGGCCGGAGCGGGAGGGAGCGGGUGGUGCUGAGCGGGGAGGAUGGCGGCGGCAAGCGGCUGCCGGAGCUGGAAAGGGAGAGAGAAGAGUUAAGACGUCAUCAGCCUGCUCAAAGGGUAGAUUUGCUCUAGCAAAUGGUUAAACAGAAAACCACCCCACAAGCUCUCACAACCGCAGUCUUAAAAAGUCUGCGUACAUGAGAAGUGGAGGAACAGAAUGCUGGACCUGGGGUUGAAGAUUUAUAAAGGAUUAUGGGAUUAUACAUUGAAGAGCCAGCAGGCGGAAUGCCUGAGUGACUGAAGAAAAUGGGUGCAAAUGCAUCUAACUACCCGCACUCGUGUUCCCCAAGGGUAGGGGGAAAUUCACAGGCACAACAGACAUUCAUAGGGACAUCAUCCUACUCUCAUCAAGGUUAUGGCUGUGAAUCAAAGCUGUAUAGCCUUGACCAUGGCCAUGAGAAACCUCAAGACAAGAAAAAGAAAACCUCUGGCCUUGCCACCCUCAAAAAGAAAUUCAUUAAGCGUCGUAAGUCUAGUCGAUCUGCUGAUCAUGCCAAGCAGAUGCGUGAGCUCCUCUCAGGCUGGGAUGUCAGAGACGUUAAUGCAUUAGUAGAAGAAUACGAAGGGACGUCAGCCUUAAAGGAACUUUAUCUGCAAGCUAAUUUGGCAAGACCAGAAGCUAGGACACUACAAAAAGACAUGGCUGAACUUUAUCAGUACAAAUAUUGUACCGAUGUAGACUUAAUAUUUCAAGAAACUUGUUUUCCUGUGCAUCGGGCAAUAUUGGCAGCAAGAUGUCCGUUUUUUAAGACGCUACUUUCUUCCUCACCAGAGUAUGGGGCAGAAAUAAUAAUGGACAUUAACACAGCUGGCAUAGAUAUGCCUAUGUUUUCUGCUUUGUUACACUACCUUUAUACGGGCGAGUUUGGAAUGGAGGAUUCGAGAUUCCAAAAUGUUGAUAUCCUCGUGCAGCUUAGUGAAGAGUUUGGAACACCAAAUUCCUUGGAUGUUGACAUGCGUGCACUGUUUGAUUACAUGUGCUAUUACGAUGUGGUUCUUAGCUUUUCAUCCAACUCUGACUUAGUUGAAACUUUUGGUGGAAGUCAGAACUGUCUCGAUGAAGAGCUCAGAGCUCACAAAGCUGUUAUUUCAUCGCGUUCUCCAUUUUUUCGACAUUUGCUGCAGCGGAGGAUACGAACUGGUGAAGAAAUCACAGACAGAACUCUACGAACUCCAACUAGAAUUAUAUUGGAUGAAUCUAUCAUACCAAAAAAAUAUGCUAAGGUCAUUUUGAACUGUAUGUAUACAGAUGUGGUGGACCUCUCAGUUUUGCACUCCAGCCCUUCAGUGGGCAGUUUAAGUGAAGUUCAGGCUCUUGUAGCAGGAAAACUAAACAUGACUAGGGCUGAAGAAGCUAUGGAGCUUUAUCACAUAGCACUGUUCUUGGAGUUUAACAUGCUUGCACAAGGCUGUGAAGAUAUUAUUGCUGAGAGCAUCUCACUAGACACCUUAAUUGCCAUUCUGAAGUGGAGCUCUCAGCCGUACGGUUCCAAGUGGGUGCAUCGUCAAGCACUACAUUUCCUCUGUGAGGAGUUUACCCAGGUCAUGACUUCAGAUGUCUUCUAUGAACUCAGCAAGGACCACCUGCUCACAGCUAUUCAGUCUGACUAUCUACAGGCAAGUGAACAAGAUAUUCUUAAAUAUCUGAUUAAAUGGGGAGAACACCAACUAAUGAAGAGAAUAGCAGAUCGAGAGCCUAAUUUACUCAGUGGUACUGCUCACAGUGUGAACAAGAGAGGUGUGAAGAGGAGAGAUCUUGACAUUGAGGAGCUGAGAGAGAUCCUGUCUCCGCUUUUACCUUUUGUCCGCAUUGAGCACAUCUUACCCAUGAAUAGUGAAGUACUGAGUGAUGCAAUGAAGAGAGGCCUGAUUAGUACUCCUCCUUCAGACAUGCUCCCAACAUCAGAAGGUGGAAAGUCAAAUGCCUGGCUGCGGCAAAAAAAUGCUGGAAUCUAUGUGCGGCCACGACUGUUCUCACCGUACGUGGAGGAGGCCAAGAUCUUGAUGAAAUUCCACCGGAAACAAAGCAGCGUUCUGAGGGAAACCUCCCUGGUUUCCAGCCAGUUUGCCGGCCCAGCUCCUCGGCAGCCCUCCUGGCAGGCGGAUGGCAAGUCAGUGCUGGAUGAGAUGAUGGUGGAACAAACCGACCUCGUUCGUCUGCGGAUGGUGCGAAUGUCCAACGUGCCCGACACCCUGUACAUGGUGAACAACGCGGUGCCGCAGUGCUGCCACGUAAUUACCCACCAGCAGGUCAGCACCAACCAGGCCAGUCCUCCUUCGGUGAUAGCCAACGAGAUCCCAGUUCCCAGCCUGCUGGUGGUGAGGGAGAUGAUCCGGCGGCUGCAGGAGCUGCGCCACGCCGAGCAGGUGCAGCGCGCCUACGCCCUCAACUGUGGCGAAGGCGCCACCGUCAGCUACGAGAUCCAGAUCCGCGUGCUGCGCGAGUUCGGGCUCUCGGAUGCGGCAGCUGAGCUCUUGCAGAAUCCUCACAAAUUCUUUCCUGAUGAGCGAUUUGGGGACGAAAGCCCGCUCCUGACAAUGAGACAGUCUGGACGCUGUCGCAUUAACAGCACUCCCACUGCAGAAACCAUGUUUACAGAACUGGACUCUUUUGUGGCCUUCCAUCCACCGUUGCCCCCUCCUCCACCUCCCUACCACCCACCAGCAACUCCUAUUCACAACCAGUUCAAAGUGGGCUGGAAACAAAGGGUGCCAAGCCAACAUCCCUCCCGCUCCUUUUCGUACCCGUGCAACCACUCGCUGUUCCCGUCCCGCGCAGCCCCCAAAGCCGUGCCACCCGUCUAUCUGCCCGGCGUGAAAGCAGCUCCCCCCGACUGCACCAACACCACGGCGCUGGGCAGGCAAACCGUGGCUGCGGCGGCCGCCGGCAUGGCAGCCGACAAGCAAGUCUGUCCUCAGCCCUUGCUAAACGAGCUGAUGCCAGACAUCGCAAUGGGUGUGUCAGCAAUGUCUUUAAAAGACAGAAGGUUACCAGAGCUCACGGUUGACACGGAGUUGAGCCAGACGGUUCCAGAGGUAGGGCCCGGCCCACCCCAGCACAUCUCAUGUAUUCAGAACAGACACCUGCCCAGUUCUCGAAAGAAACAUGCAAUAGAGCAAAAAAUAGAUGCUCGAGAAAAUCAGCAGGAAUAUCCUGACUUCUAUGACUUCUCUAAUGCUGCAUGCAGACCCUCUACUCCGGCACCCAGCAGGCACAGUCCUUCACCUUCACCAGGCAUGUAUUUUGGCCUGGAUUUGUAUAGCCACAACAAGGCAUCACCAAGUGGCUUAAAGUCAGCCUAUCUACCUUCCCAGAUAUCUCCUAAAAAGCAGGAGGAUUCCAGGAGGGAGUACCUUCUCUCCCAAGACGGGCAUCAACACAGACAAAAGAAUGAGCCAAUACACCUCGAUGUCUUAGAACAACCUCCCCAGCGACUGGACUUGGCAUUGGCUGCCCAGGAAAAUGCUGGUAGUGGCCCCGUUCACAUCAGGGGAAGAACAAAAAUGGAAACAGAUUUGACCUUUGGGCUGAGCAACCCCCGGCCUUCGCUCUCGGCCUACGCCGCUGAAGCACCAGAGGAGAGGCCUGGCCAGAGGCUGGCAGACGACGAGCCGCCGGAACUUGGGGCACAGAGGAACGGGGAGCUGGAACGGGAAGAUGCGGGAGGCAGAGGAAGGAGGUCUCCAAACAAACCAGACUUCCUGUAUAAAAAAUCUGCCCUGUGAAAGCAAGCUCCCUGUGUCACUGUGCCUGAGUUGUAGACAUCCCGUUCUUCGCAGCCUCUGGCCUGACAUCUGUCGGAAGAAAUCCAUUCACGCCAGCAGACAAAUUCACUCCCUUCUUCAGUACAUCCAUUGCUUUGUUAGAGACAGCAUGUUAUCAGUUGGGUUUUAAUGCUGCUUCUGGUUUUAUUUGGUGGGAAACUUUUUUUGAGUAAAUUCAAUUAAGCCUUUUAAAAAAGGAAGAAAAGAAAAGCUGGUACGUUUUUUCUACAGCCCAGUAGCCUUUUGCACCUGUACAUCUAUUUUAGUGCAUUAGUUUUGUACUAAUAUGUUAAACUUUAUUGUCACAUUUAAAGGACUGUAUUUUCAUACUUUUGCAUUUUCCCUUUCACCUGCCAGUUCCCUAUGUGCAUUGGGUUGCACAUUAUGAAGUGUAUUUUCUUAUGAGAUAGUAACAAUGUGAUUAUUUUUUAAUUAUAGGAAUUCCAAAGAACAGCACAUCAAAAUACUGCAUUUUUGGUUAGAUCUUGUUUGCUCGUUUAGAACUGAAAUCUUCCUGAUUUUUAUGACUACGCAAGAAUCCAGUCUAAUGUUUUGCUUGAGAAGUUCUGGCAGCUGGUUUUACCCUUGUCUUGCAAGCCCAUUUCUAUAUGGACUUUUAAGAGUCCAGGGGGAUAUUUAAGAGUCCAAAUUCCAGUGAAAUUCACUGGUACCUGACACCAGUUUGCUUGUUUGCUUUCUGGUUCUGCUGUGAGCAUGGAGAACUCUGCAGUCACCCAGAAGCAGUUAUUAGACAGACUAGGAUUGGUCAUUUGCCCAUGCAGAAAUUAAUCUAGAAAUACUGUAAAAAUUAUAGUAAUAUCUUGUUCUUCCAGCUCCCUGUGUGUGGGGAGCACAGAGGCGGGAGCUGCGGAUUCACGUGGAAUCGGGGAGCGUCAGGAAGAGGAGCUGUAGUGUCUCUGCCAUUGCCUGAACAGGACCUUUCCUUGGGUGGGUUCUCCCCCCCCACCCCAGAGGUGCUGAGGGGCUGCUCCUGCCUUGUUUCCUCCUGCCUGUGGCUAAAAAGGGCUUCACUCGCAGUGACGUCACUCAGUGUUCCUUACUGAUGUGAGGGGUUGUCGCCUUCAUUGGGGCCACUGCUCUGUGAGCGGCCCCAGUGGAGGGUGUCUGCUGGGGCAGCGGGAGCCAUGAAGCUUUAGCCUGCUGCAGCCAUGCUUCCAUCCCUCAGCUCUGCAUUGUUAAAGCACAGAGAUGAGAUCUUCCCAGACUGGAGGGGCCGGGAGCGCUGGGGGCUGGGGCUGAGCCAUGUGCUGGGUGUAACAGUUAUAUUAUUAAGUGCAUCCUUUAUCCUUCCUGUAAAUGGCUUUACCACUGACUCGCUGCGUUUAGCGCGGGCACCCGAUGGCACUGCAGAGAUCACUGGUAAAGGCCUGUUUGGAUGGGGUUUAAAUGCAGUUUCUAGAAUGAAGAAUUUGCCUGUGGUGGAAGACUUUAAUCCCAAGCAUGACCGAGGGACUACUUUAAGGUUAGGUUGGGUUGUUUCCUGCAGUUCAAAACACUUAGUGCUGCUUCAACAGAAAUCUUGCUGCAACUCUGCUUUCAGUUUUAGUUGAUGGCAGUUUCACUGAAGUGUGCAAGGCCUGGUGACAGCACUGCAGCGCUGCGGCAGUGCAUGGAACGCUGCCUUUCCAACCUGCCAGCUGGCUUCUGCGUCAAUGCAGACGUGAGUGUUUCAGCCAGUACAUCCCGAGUCUCCCGCCUGUGCGUCUCUAGGCCUCCUGCUCCUGUGAAAGCUCUGUAGACACUCCUUUGGAGGCAGCCAUGGAAGGUGUGGUGUGGGACUGAAGAAGCCGAGCUAAACUGCACAGGUGAUGUGUCUGGUGGGUGAGGGCAGAUGUUGGGGUUUUUUCCCUCUGUCAGCCUUUUUAAUCUAUUGUCCUGACCACGGUCGAGAGGGGUGUUGUGGCCCUCUCCCCACAGGGUCCUUCUGUGGGGCUGCUGUGUAGAACGUGGCUGAAGGCCUGAUGGUGCAGCUCGGGCUAGGGGCCAGGUGCUUCCUGUUGCAGGUCUGAGCCCGGCGCUGUCGGGGUGUGCAGCUCUGACCAUGCGCCAGGGCCUCUGCUCGCCAUCACACGCCCCUGGAACUCCCCGCACUCACGGCUGCGGUGGGAGCUUCAUCGGCAAAAAGGCAGAGCUGUCCUCACAAGGCUUGCUCUUCUGAAUCAUUUACUUUUGCCUAAAAUUGAUAGAUGUACCAUGAGGAAACUAUUUUAGUGACCCUAGUUUGACGUGGCACUGUGUGCCCGGACAGAGGUGACGCUUAAAUCUACAGGUGGAACUUUUAAGCUUGAAAUUUGUGGGGACGUGGCUGAUGAAGACUGAGAAGUUUUGAGGUUAUGGCUUGAGGGUAACACGAAAUGCUUUGGCUUUGAAAUAAAUAAGCUGGUGAGAAAUGCCUCGGGGCGGAGGUAUGUCUGCCUUUUAGAUAUAACAUUGCUUCUGAAGUUUCAGAAGCUGAACAGUAUUAAGAAGACAGUCAAGUGUUUAAAAGUAGGUGCAGAAUAAAGGACAAGUCCUCCUGAGGCCACGGAGACAAUCGGGCCAUGUAGACAAUCUGCAUUUUCACUUGUGUGGUCUGAGUUGGGAAGAUAGCAGCUCAUGGCAGCUGAUCUGAGUGGAAAAGGAUUUAUCCCAUUAGUAGAGCUGUAGUUUUGUACUCCAGCGUAAGAUUUUCACCUUAGUUGGAUGUGUAGAGGGAGGGGAGAGACCAUCUUUGUUCUCAGUGGGAGCGUUACACAGAAGCUGGUGUUCACACCGCAUCUCACUCACAAAACACACCUGCCAGUGCUACCUGCUGCUGCUUGUCUCUAUCUACUGAAACUUUGGUGCAAAAGCUUGUUGUUUACAUAAAGCACUUUCCAAUUAAGCUGGAAAUAAUCAUCUUUUCCUCCUGUAAAUGUAAUGGAGAUUAACACAUUACUGACUGUAUUUUGCCUGAGGGUAGAGAUGUGAACGUGACAUUUCCUUGAACGAGGAAGACUUGUGCUCUCUAUUAGAGCUCAGACUUUCAUUUAGUGAGCAACAUGCAAAAACUUCCUACUCCCCUUUCCCUGACCCCCUUCUUCUCUUCCUUAGUACCUGGAUGAAUAACUUAAUUCCUGAAACAGACUCUUCCUUCAAAAUGUUUUGUUGUUCCAUGGAGUUACUGUCAUUGUGUAUUAGUGACUGCUGUGUGCGUGGGCAGUCCCUUGUUGUGUUUUUCGUGUUCUGGAGUUUCUUUUCUGAAAGUGAAGGCUGUGGCCACUCGUACUUGCAGCAGGCCUUGGGGGUUGUCCUGGAGCAUCCCAAACAUUUGUCUUAUGGGUUUCUUUGGGCUGGGUUUGGUGUGGGGUUUGGGUUGAGUUCGCUUCAUUGGUGUCUUAAUGGAAAGAAUGGUCGUGCUGCUGAGAUGCCGUUCCUUCUAGUAACGAGACGCUUUGCUGGUAGGGGUGGUGCUGAGCUCCGCCGGGCGCAGCGAAUGGCCCAGAGAGGAAAGUGCGGGAGCAAAGCCGGGGUUCGUGUGCCCACCGGGGCUGCCCGAGGGCGGCUCUGCCUUCAGCAGCCUCACCCUUGUGUUUCCCAUCAUUGUGUGGUUACUGGUAUAAAGUCAAGUGCCUUCGACGCUAAAGGCUCAGAAAACUUUCUUAACUGACUUCAUGUCCUAUGCAAGUGUUUUUUCUACAACCUGCAUAACCAGUACUUUGUAAAACUUGUUUACGCUUCAAUUGUACAUAGUGUUUUUUAAAAGAAAAUAGUAUUUUUAUUUAGGUACCUCCAAACUUGAAUUCUGGUCUCGUGUGACGCAUUGUAAAACAAUACAUUUCUCUUUUGAGUACCAUUACAGUUGUAAAAAGGUUUUCACUGGUUCUAUUUUUCUACUGUUGCUGAGAAGCAUGUAACACUGACUUUAUCCUACGUAUAGUUGGCAUUUCAAAUAA